GAGCCCAGUGCCUCCGUCGCUGCAAGCGCCGCUAGUAAAGCUUCUGCUCGGGCCGCACGUGUUUUGGUGGUCCAAGACCUGGUGGCUUGGAUUGGCCGGGGUCUCUGGCUGGGCGCCCGCCAUGGCGGUGGCGGCAGAGACGCACGUGUUCCUGGAGGUACGCAGACAGCUGCAGAGUGCGCUGCUGAUCCUGGGAGAACCAAAAGAAGAAGGUAUGCCCAUGGAUAUCUCUAUAACUCCAUCCUCCCUGCAGAUGAAAACCCCUGCAGGCUGCACAGAGGUCUGGCUUCCAGCAGAGGUCAGGCUUGUACCUCCCUCCAGCCGCGGGCUGCAGUAUGUUGCCGGCGAUGGGCUGCACCUGCGGCUGCAGGCGCGGGCGGAAUUCAGCACAAAACAGAUUUCAGUGUUUAACCAAAGCUCGCACACUGGAGGCUGUUGCACACUCUAUUGCCAAUCCUGCGGUGAAGUCAUAAUAAGGGACAGGAAGCUCCUCAGGGUGCUCCCCUUGCCGACGGAGAACUGGGGAGCUCUGAUCGGAGAGUGGUGCUGUCAUCCGGACCCCUUUGCUGAUAAGCCGCUGUAUCCUCGAGAGAAUGACUGUUUUAUUGGAGACUCUUUCUUCCUGGUGAAUUUAAGAAAUGAUCUGUGGCAGCCAAGACCUCAGCUGGCUCCAGUGGCGAUGCAGAGUCUUUCUUCUGAGAACCACUUUAAAUUGAAACCAAAGGCAAAUACCAAAGUAAUUUGUAAGCGUUGCAAGGUAAUGGUGGGAGAGACCAUGUCGUCAGAAACAAUUAAGUUUUAUAUGACAGAGAUUAUUAUUCAGCCAUCUGAGAGAAAUUUUCCCAUCAUACCAAGGUCUCAGUUUGUGCAGAGCAUUAUCGCCCAGUGUCUGACGGAACUCUCCUCUGCCAGAAGCACUUUUAGAUUCAUUAUUCAAGGUCAUGACGGCAAAACGUACAUCUUGCUUUGGCUUUUAAACUCAGACAGUUUGGUGGUUGAAUCUUCGGGAAAUUCCAAAAGUGUCAAAAAGUUUCCCUUGCUGGAAGAGGUGUGGAAGGCAGACUUCGGCUCUGCUUGGAAUGCUGUCAAGGUCCUCUACCAGCCAUGCAUCAAAAACAGGAAUGAAAUGCUUGCCAGCUCCUGGGAAAGUGACAUCAGCGUCCACUCUUUAACCCUGCCCUCCGCAACCUGCUUGGAGCUGCUGUUGAUAUUAUCAAGGAAUACUGCCAUGUUGCCUCCCUCCCUCCGCUCCAUGAAUUCCUUUCAGGUGGCCUUUUUGAAGAUGUAACUGUAGGAGCCGAAGCACUCCCCUCCUCAGCACGGAGCACGCGGGCGGCCUCCCAGCAGCCGGCCCAGUGAUUACAGAGACAAGAACCAGCGCUACCGCAUGAGAGCACAGCAUUGAAGUUCUGAGUUUUACUUGCUUGCAUUCUUCUGUAAGAGAAGAGUUAACAUCAAAUCUUUGGAAAAUCAAGGUGGUGAAGAAAGUCACGGUAGCAGGAUGAGAUAAGUAUAGACGUCACGUCUCUGUUUCCCACAGAGAAGAAUCUUCAAAUAUGUGCUAUGUCAGCACCACCUGGAAAGACAUUAGCUAGUGGAGACCCAUCUGUCCUGGGCGGACUGCAGACAGGGGCUUCGCUGGUGGAAUUGAAUGUUAAUGGCCAUACAUUUUUGGAAAUAAAGUUUCAAAGAACUUCUUGGGUUCAUAUAAAGAAUUUUAUAUAUUGUUCAGAGGAGAUGCUCAGGCAAUAAGUAUUGAAUAAAUGGUUAUCAAAUUAAAGGUUUUCCCAUUUAUGCAGGCCUGCGUGUAUUCCUUUGGUUCUUUAUUUCCUUUACCAGUACUAUUGCAAAUCCACGUAAGUACCUCACUGGCAUGCUGUUGCGAAGUUGUCAUAGUCCUUAUGUGCCAAGGCAGGUGGUGAAGAAGCUAUUGGAUGAGAACCACAAAAUCAGAGGGAGUCCUACAGAGCCCAGACCAGCUCCUGAUUUUACAGAGAAG